UUAAAUGACAGCCCUUCAUGACAGACAGCUCUGGAGCCCAGAAGGACACACGAGGGUCUGGAUGCUGAGUCCAGUCUGUCCCUGAAGUUCAGCAAGACGUGAGAGGACAUGGAUCAUGCCCUCAGACCUGUAAUCCCCCCGAGACAUCACUGGAAGAAAGAAGAAAAAUAGCAAUAGUAGAUCCCAUUGGAGGGAGAUCUCAGCAGGGCAUGAUGAUUUUGCUCAGGCCAAGCUAGAAGCCAUCCAGGGCUGAAAAUGCUCCGUAUGAACUCAUUUAGCAGACCUCAAGUUGCUGCCAACCAGAACAGCAGGACAGACUCCGACAGGAAAGAGAUCAGAUACAGAACGCAUGAGAAGGCCUUUUUGUGCCACUCCUGAAGCAAUGCUCUAGAGCCACCAGGACCAUGAAGGGGCUAGGAGAUAACAGAAGCCGCCACCUCUCUGAUAACCUGGACUCCCCUCAAGACUCUCUUUAUGCCACCCAGGACAGGAACCCAUAUCUCCUCAGCCCCACUGACUCCUAUACCAUGGACCCCCGGUUUCCAGCCCCAAAUUCCCUCCAUGGCGACUGCCUCCUCCCACUCAACAACCAGAUUUCCAACAGCAGCACUUUCCCCCGGAUCCAUUAUAACUCGCACUUUGAGGUUCCAGAUGAGAACCCCUUCCCAAGCCAUGCCCAAGCCACCAAAAUCAACCGCCUCCCUGCAAACCUCCUGGACCAGUUUGAGAAGCAGCUGCCCAUCCACAGAGACGGCUUCAGCACCCUCCAGUUCCAGAGAAGCGAUUCCAAACACCGGAGUGAGAGCCCUGGGCGCAUACGGCACCUGGUCCAUUCAGUCCAGAAGCUCUUUGCCAAGUCCCAGUCCCUAGAGGGCAACGCCAAAGGUAGUGUGAAUGGUAAGAAGGGCACUGAUGACCCAAAGCAGAAUCGAAGGAGCAAGAGCAAAGACCGAGCAAAGACCACUGAGACAAAACGCAGGACCAGAUCUAAUAUAUCAGGCUGGUGGAGCUCAGACGACAACCUAGACAGCGACACCUGCAAUUACCGCAACCCCAUGGGCCUCAUGACCUUGGGUAGGCAGCCAGACCACAGCCAGCCUAGGUACUUCAUGCAUGCUUAUAACACCAUCAGUGAGCACAUGCUGAAAUCCUCCAAGAGCAAUAACGACCUGAAGGUCACCCCCUGCACCAGCAUCCCCAUCAACAAUGAGUCCAACUAUAUCAAAAGGGGCUCCUGGUCCACACUCACUCUUAGCCAUGCCCGGGAAGUGUGCCAAAAGGCCUCCGCCACCAUUGACAAAGCCCUGUUGAAGUCCAAGUCCUGCCAUCAAGACUUAGCCUAUCAUUACCUGCAGGUGCCUCAGGGAGAGUGGAACAAUACACUGUCUCAGGACAAAGACAACGAGAUCCCAUGCCGACGCAUGCGGAGUGGGAGCUACAUCAAAGCCAUGGGGGAUGAUGACAGUGAAGACUCUGAAACCAGUCCCAAACCAUCCCCGAAAACUGCAGCUCGAAGGCAGAGUUACCUCAAGGCCACUCAACAGUCACUGAGUGAACAGAGCACUACACAGAGGAGCCUGGAUCGCCUGGACUCUGUUGAGAUCCUCUUACCUCCAAAGUUCCCAAGCUGGGAGGAAGAAUACAACCAGAUCACUGACAACAUCAAUGAGUCCAGCUGCAUCAACCAGAUAUUUGGACAGCCCUCAUUUAUCCCUCAGAUAUUUACACACGGAGAGCAGACAAGGGAGGCAGAGCUGAGUGACCAGUAUGAGGCAGUGUGUGACUCAAACUACAGUGAAGCUGAGUCAGCUGCUGUGGAGGUGCUGGACCUGCCACUGCCCAGCUACUUCCGCUCCCGGAGCCAUAGCUACCUCCGUGCCAUCCAGGCAGGCUGCUCCCAGGAAGAAGACACAGCCUCCGUGCGCUCCAUCUCACCACCUCCAGCCAGCAGCAUCAGUGGCAGCAGGACGCUUCCCAACAACAGCAGUUCAUCAUGCCUAGUGGCAUAUAAAAAGACUCCUCCCCCAGUUCCACCUCGGACCACCUCAAAGCCGUUUAUCGCUGUCACGGUGCAGAGCAGCACUGAAUCAGCCCAGGACACCUAUCUGGAUAGCCAGGACCACAAGAGUGAGGUCAACAGCCAGUCAGGACUGAGCAAUUCUUCAGACAGCUUAGACAGCACCAGAACACCCAGCGUGACCAGAGGCAGUGUCGUAACUCCAGCCAGAGACACGCCAGAGUUACCCCAGAAAAAUGCAACUUUGAAAAGUGACAAAGGGACUCUGACUAGUGAAGAGCCUAAGGUGGAGAAUAUCCCCAAAAGAAAGCUAUCAUCUAUAGGAAUACAAGUUGACUGCCUUCAGCCAGUGGCAAAAGAGGAGCCGCCUCCGGCAGUCACCAAAUUCCAGUCCAUCGGGGUACAGGUAGAGGACGAGUGGCGAAACAGCCACUCUCGCAGCAUGUCCUCCAAACAGGACGCAGAUUCUGACACGCAGGAACCAAAUAACUCUAGCUGUAAAUCCUCUGAGAGAAGCCUUGCUGAUUGCCCCCCAUGCCACAACUCUGUCAGUGUUGAUGCCAAUAACAGGCAACCAGCCAAGCUCUCCCAGAUUAAGAGAAACCUCUCCUAUGGAGAUAGUGACCCAGCCCUAGAGCCUUCCUCUCUCCCUCCACCUGAUCCUUGGCUUGAGACUUCUUCCAGCUCCCCGUCAGAACCCACUCCGCCAGGAGCCUGCAGGCGGGAUGGGUACUGGUUUCUGAAACUGCUGCAAGCUGAAACAGAAAGAUUAGAAGGAUGGUGUCGGCAGAUGGACCAAGAGACCAAAGAGAACAAUCUCUCUGAAGAAGUCUUAGGAAAAGUCCUCAGUGCAGUGGGCAGUGCACAGUUGUUAAUGUCACAGAAGUUCCAGCAGUUCCGGGGUCUCUGUGAGCAAAAUUUGAACCCUAACGCCAAUCCCAGACCCACUGCCCAGGACCUAGCUGGGUUUUGGGACCUCUUGCAGUUGUCCAUUGAAGACAUCAGCAUGAAAUUUGAUGAGCUCUACCAUCUAAAAGCUAACAGCUGGCAACUGACAGAGACACCAGAAAAGAAGGAAGAGAAGAAACCACCCCCUCCUGUGCCAAAGAAGCCUGCCAAGCCCAAAACUGCACUGAACCGGGACAAAGCUUCUGACUCUGUGGAUAAACAGCGCCAGGAGGCUCGCAAACGUCUCAUGGCAGCUAAGCGAGCUGCCUCUGUCCGGCAGAACUCCGCCACAGAGAGUGCGGACAGCAUCGAGAUCUACGUCCCAGAGGCACAGACCCGCCUUUGAGCCCAGGGGGAGAGGAAAAAAAACACGUGGUCUUUAAGUCAUUAAAAAAGGGGGGGAAAAGGUUCUCUCUAAACUUAGUAUGAUUUAUUCAGUCUAGAGACGAUGAGCCUACCUUAAAGGGCUCUACUUCAGCUUUUUUUUUCCUGUCAGCUUUAAGUAAUGAAGAGUUUAAAAAAAAAAAAAAA